AUGAAAAUUUUUCUUCUUUUCUUUUCUUCUAUUCAUAUUUUUCUUCUUCUUCUUGAGAAAUUUCUUUUCUUUGAGGUUUUCUGUCCAUUUUCUGAUUCUUUUCUUUUUCUUCUUAAAUUUUUCUUCUUCUUUUUUUUCUUCUUCUUGGAAUUCUUCUUCUUCUUCUUUUUCUUCUCUGUCACCUUUUCUUCUUCUUUUUCAAUCUUCUUCUUUUUUAUUCUUCUUCUUUUCUUCUCUUCAGUUUGUUCUUUUUUUCUUCUUCUUUUCUUUUUCUUCUUGUUCUUUUCUUCUUCUUCUUCUUUUUCUUUUAAAAAUGUCUUUAUUUUUCUUCUUUUCUUCAUUUUCUUUCUUCAUUUUUUUCUUCUUUUUUUCUUCUUCUUAUUUUUCUUAAAAAAUUUAUUUUUCUUCUUCUUUCUUCUUCUUUUUUUCUUGUAUUUCUUAUUUCAUUUUUUUCAAUAUAUUUUUCUUCUUUCUUUUGGAAGAGAAUUUUUUUUUUUUUUUAUAAUUUCCUCUUUAAAUUAUCUCUUUCCUCUUCUUCUUCAAAAAUUUCUUUUCCAAACUUUGCUAAAAUUAUUUGAAUCUUUUUUCAAUAUUUUCUUCCUUCUUCUUCUUUAUAAAUCGUUUAUUUUCUUCUUUUCUUCUUCUUCUUUUCUUCUUCGUUUGUGUCUUCUUCUUUUCUUUUUCUUUUGUCUCUUCUUCUCUUUCUGA